GUAGACGAGUAGAGUCCCCUGUCGUGUGUGGUCGUGGCAACAUUAUUUGCACGGCUUCUCACAUUUUUUUUUUUGUGAAAAAAAUAUAAAAAAAUAAAAAAAAUAUUAAAAAAUUUUAAAAAUCCAAAAAAAUCGUAAAAGUAGUGAAAAAAAAAAUUUAUUGAGGUGUUUAAAAAUAUUCACUUUUUUUUAAUUUGAACUUUCUUGCAAGAAAAAGGUAUUUACUGCAGAUUUAAAAUAAAAGAUUUGAAUUACUUAGGUUCAGCGAAAGAAAAAGCCAGCAACCAUGAAUCCCAAUCCUGGAGGGCCGAAUUACCAAAUGGCGUCGUUGUAUGUUGGCGACUUACAUGAAGAUAUUUCUGAAGCAAUGCUUUUUGAUAAAUUUUCUACAGCAGGGCCAGUAUUAUCCAUUCGAGUAUGCCGUGAUUGCUUAAGUCGUACUUCACUUGGCUAUGCAUACGUUAAUUUUCAACAACCAGCUGAUGCCGAGCGUGCUUUAGAUACCAUGAACUUCGAUUUAUUGAAAAAUCGACCAAUAAGAAUUAUGUGGUCUCAGAGAGAUCCAUCACUUCGGAGAUCUGGCGUCGGCAAUGUGUUUAUUAAAAAUCUUGACAAAUGCAUUGAUAACAAAGCUAUAUAUGAUACUUUUUCUGCUUUUGGCAAUAUAUUAAGUUGUAAGGUAGCUCAAGAUGAGAAAGGUAAUUCUAAAGGAUAUGGUUUUGUCCAUUUUGAAACAGAAGAAGCUGCAAAUACUUCAAUUGAAAAAGUGAAUGGUAUGUUACUCCAUUCAAAAAAAGUUUACGUUGGACGUUUCAUUCCACGCAAAGAGCGUGAGAAGGAAUUGGGAGAAAAAGCAAAAUUAUUCACAAAUGUUUAUAUAAAAAAUUUUGGCGAAGAUAUGAAUGAUGACAAAUUAUACGAAAUGUUCGAGCCUUUCGGAAAAAUAACCAGUCACAAGGUUGUUACAAAGGAUGAUGGUAAAUCUAGAGGAUUCGGUUUUGUUGCAUACGAGACAACAGAAGCGGCUGAGGCUGCUGUAAAUGCUCUAAAUGGAAAGGAAGUAUCCGAAGGAAAAGUGUUAUAUGUUGGUCGUGCUCAGAAGAAAGCAGAACGCCAACAAGAGUUAAAACGGAAAUUUGAAGAAUUGAAGAAGCAGCGUCACGAUAGCCUGCAAGCAGUUAAUUUGUAUGUCAAAAAUUUAGAUGACACAGUUGAUGAUGAACGUUUACGCCAAGAAUUUUCUUUAUAUGGCACCAUAACAUCUGCCAAAGUAAUGUUGGAUGAGGACGGCCGAUCCAAAGGGUUUGGUUUUGUAUGCUUUAAUUCACCAGAUGCAGCAACACGUGGUGUAACUGAAAUGAACGGUCGUAUAAUUGGUUCUAAGCCGUUAUAUGUUGCUUUGGCUCAGCGUAAAGAAGAUCGCAAAGCGCAUUUGGCUACACAGUAUAUGCGUCAUGUAUCCGGAAUGCGUAUGCAACAAAUCAAUCAAAUGUUCCAACCAAGUGGCGCGGGCGGUUUCUUUGUACCAACAUUACCUCAACCACAACGUUUCUUUGGACCGCAAGUUGCUCCAAUUCGUUCAACUCCUCGUUGGGCUCCGCAAGCUCCUCGCCCAAAUCCAACAACACAAGGUGCAGCUAACGCAGCCGCAGCUGGAUUCCAAAAUGCAGCAAUGGCCGCUUCUGCUGCUGCGCAAUUUCGCCCAGGUGCUGCAGCUGCUGCUAGUAGUGUACGUGUUGCCCAACAAGCUCAAGCUCAAGCAGGUGCACAUGCACAAGCAAUACGCAAUACUGCUCGUGCCAUCACUGGCCAACAAGCUGGUGGUGCUAACAUACCUAUUGGAGCUACUCCUGUUGCUUCAGCAGCACAACAACGUGCAACAAAUUAUAAAUACACUUCAAAUAUGAGAAAUCCUCCAACUCAGCAACAAGUUCAACAACAAGGUGCAGUUCCCGCUAUGCAUCAAAAAGGUCAGGAACCUUUAAUCGCUAGUUUAUUAGCAAAUGCUACUGCACCAGAACAAAAGCAAAUAUUGGGAGAACGUCUCUUCCCAUUGAUUGAACGAAUGUAUCCACAUUUGGCUGGUAAAAUUACUGGUAUGUUGUUGGAAAUUGAAAAUUCAGAAUUACUUCAUAUGUUGGAAGAUAGUUCUUCAUUGAAAGCAAAAGUUGAUGAAGCUGUUGCCGUGUUACAAGCUCAUCAAGCUAAACAAACUGUAUCCCAAAAAAUUGAAUAAGUUCAAUGAAUUUAUUAAAAAUUCAAUAAUACCUAUCAAGUAUAAUAAGAAAUUUUAGAACGAAAAAAAAAUCAAGAAAGCAGUAACUUAAAAAAAAAAAAACUAAAAAUAAAAUAAAAAAAAUCGGAAAAAAUAAAAAAUCAGAAAAAUUUUAAAAUUCGACGGUAAUGAAACAUUUCGACAGCAAAAUCUCUUUAAGUUUCUUUUUCUUUUAUGGAUUUUUUUUUAACACUGAAUUCUUGUUUGUUAUAUAUCGUUAUAUAUCUAUUACUUCCCAAUAAAUCAGUUAAAUAAUUAAUCUAAUUAAAAGUGAAAAAUUUAAUUUUUUUUCAAAUGCGAAAUAUUGUUUUCGAAUUAAUUUUGAGCAAUAGAUUAUUAAAAUGAGACGAAAUAUCAAUACGACUUCUUUAUCUGUUUAUUAAUUAUUUUGAUUUUAAUAAUGCAUAUGUAAAUUUUGAUAAAACUUGAAAUAUUUCGAAUUGUUUUCAAUUACGAAUUCGACUUGAAAAUUUUUUCUAUAUAAUUUUGAAUUUCGUAAAUUAAACACACUCAAGAAAAAAAUUUUUGAAGGAAAAAAUUUUUACUUUGACAAUACAUACCUAAAAACAAUUUAAAAAAAAGAAAAAAAAAAAGAAAAAUUUUAAAAAGGAAAAACAUAAAAAGGCAAAAAAAACAAAAAGAAAAAAUAAACAAAAAAAAAGUAAAUUUGAAACGCAAAUAUAAAAUAUAAAACAAAACAUUUUUUAAAAGUUAAGGGUACAGUAAAAAAAAUUUUCUUAAAUUGAUUUAUAUUGCAAUUACCAGAAAUAAGCAUGUAUGUAUAACAUUGUGUUUCGAUUCUCAUGCAUUUCAAUAAAUUACUUUUCCAACAAUGUAUUCAUAACAAUAGUUUUAAAUUUUUUUUUUACAUUUUAAUUACUUUAUAUAAUAAAAUAGAAAAAUUUUACGAAAUUUUGAUUGAAUUCAAUUGCGAUACUUAGUACUCUUCAUUUUGCUAAAACAAAAAAUUUACAAACAUAAGUACCUAAUUGUUUUCCUGGUAAGAUUAUUACCUGAAUAAUUUUUCUUUUGUUUUUAUGUUAUGUGUUUAUGUAUGACUUUUUGGUUUUAAUUCCUUCAGAAAAAUUAAAAAAUUUUAUAACAAAAAAUAAAAAUUAAUUAUAAAACGAAAAAAAAAAAUCCAAAAAGUAUAAAAAAACAUAAUAGGUAAACACAAUAUAAAAAAGUAAUUAAAUAUUGGGUCGCCACUGACUAUUUACAAUUGUUUUUUUUGCUACUUUAAAACCAAAACAGAAAAAAAAACUUAAAAAAAAAAAACUAAUGAAAAAGAACCAAAAAAAUCGUAAAAAUUUGUAAAAUGAAAAAAAUAAUCAUAAAAACUGAAAUAAUUUUCGAAAAAAAUAAAAAUAAAUAAAAAAAAAAUUGAAAAUUGAAAAAAUCAACAAAAUCUAUGAAAAAUUCUAUACUGAAAAAAAGCAAAAACAUACAAAAAAAUUGAAAAAAAAUUUCUAAAAAAAAAUCAUAAAAAAUAUUUGAAAUUUUAUUCAUAUACAAAAGCAAAAAAGAAAAAAAAAAAUGCAUCCUUAAUCAAUUGCAAAUCCUUGUGUUGUUAAGAACGAAGAAAAUAAGAUAAAAAGAUUUUCUAUUCAAUUUUUUUUUUUGCAAUUUAAUUAUUGAAAUUAUAAAAAGGGGGGACAAUAGGUUUUUGUUUUUAAUUUUUUUUUUUAACUUUCAUUUUUAUUCUGUUGGAGAGAAUUAUUGUUAUACGUUUGAACAACUUAGUCAAAAUUGAAAAAAAUAACCAAAUUGCAUACUUUCAAGAUUUGCUUAUGUUAUUCUUAAUGUGUUAUUAAAUAUUUUUCAAUUUUAACAUCUUUUUUCAAAUAAAUUUAAUUCCAUUAAGUAGUUAAUACUUUUGUUACAAUAAGACAAAAAAAAAAAGAAGAAAAAUGAUUUUCUAAAAUCAAUAGCAAUAAAAAUGUUUUCACAUGAAUAGAUAAUAAACUUCGUUUUUAACAUUGCAAAGAAUUGAUACCUUGUUUUUAAGAAAUAUACAAGAAAAAAAAAACAUUUUUUGUUUUAAAUUACCCAAAAAGGAAAAAAAAAACAAUCUUGUUCAAAUUGAAAAAGAACAUUGAAAAUGGAAAACAAAAAAAGAAAAAAAAAUAGAAAAAAGAAUUAAAAUGAAAAAUAGAAAAAUGAUAAAAAAUGAAAUAUAAAAAGAAAAUUAUUGUGCUUUGAUGUAAAUUUAAUUUAGUAAAGAAAGAACAAAAAAAAAAGAAAUAUAUAAAACAAAAAUACAAAAUUUAUAUGUAAUACAAAAGCAACUUUAUAUUUUUUAUUUUUUUUUUUUAUUUUAUUUUUGUUUUUAAAUAGAUAUAUCACUUAUCCAAAAUUUUGUUUUGAAAAUUUUAUGUUUUGAGCGCAUUCUUUAAAUAUGUAUAAGGAAAAAGAGGCAUUGUUUCUCAAUAUAUAGAAGAAAACAACCAAUUUUUAAAAAUUAAAAUUUAAUUAUAAUAAAUAAAAAUUAAACUUAAAACUUUAAAUAUAGUAAAUCUCUCUGUGUAAAGUUUAAUAAAACAAAAGUAUAACGUAAUAAAUAUUAUAUAUUAAAAAAAAAAAUUUAAACAAAAAAUAAGCAGAUAAAAAAUCAUCAGCAUUGCAAAAAUUAUUACUAUUAAUUUUUUUUUCUUUUUUUCAUAAUGCAAAAUAGAAUUUUAGGGUUCAAUAUUUUACAAAUUUAUAUAUGUAUAAAAUAUAUGCAAAAUAUAAAAAUAUAACUAUAUAUUUUAUAUAUUAUAAUAUAGAAAAAAAAAAUAUAAAUAGCUAAUUGUGUUUCAAAAAGAAAAAAAAAAAAAAAACAAAAUACUAAACUGCAAUAAUAUGAAUGCCUCGAUUACAAUUUUUAAAUGAACAAAAAAAUCUUAAACAACAACGGUGGUAACGAUUUUUGUCUAUAAUAAUUUUUUUUUCUACUUUUUUUUUUUUUUAAUCAUGUAUGUACAUAAACUGAUAAUAAAUUAGUAAAUAAUUAUGGACUAUAAAAAUCAAAAAAAAAAAAAAACUAAAAAACAAAAAAAGAAAAAAAAAAGCGAAAAGCCUCCCUUUAAACUAAAACAUAUUUUCCAUUACAGAAAAACAUGAAAAAAAAAUUUAAGAAAUUCAACAAAAACUAAUAUGUAUAUACAUACAUAAAUAUAUAAAAAGAGAUACAAAAAAAAAAAAAAGGAAAAAAUAAAAAAAAAAAAACAAAAAAUUUAAAAUGAUAAAUUAAUGAAAAUUGCAAAAAAAUAAAAAAAAAAUCAAUAAAAAAGAAAAAAAUAAAAAAUUUCAAAAAAACCUUAAAAAUUAAGAAAAAUACCGGAUUGGAAUUAAAAUUUUUAUAUUUAAUUGAAUUAUUUUUUUUAUUUUAAUUUAAUCAUAUUUUAUUUACUUAUUAUAACAUUAUAUUAUUAAUUAAUAAUUAUUAUUAUAUUAAUUAAAUUUUUUUUUCUUAAUCGAUUCCUUAAUCAUCAUUGAUUUCUUUUGAUUCAUCUCUUUUUUACCAUUUUAAUUAAAUAUCAAUUAUUAUAUUACACGAAAUACCAUAAAUAUAUUAUGAAUUAUGUAAAUGUGAAAUAUUGGUAAAUAGAUUUGAUCAAAUUUAAUUUUAUUUCAAUUUUUAUUUUUUUUUUGGAAAAAUUUUAUUAUGAUAAAUAAAGAAAUUAAAAAUAUUUAAAAAUUUAAAUUAAAAAAGAAAUAUAAUAUAUACAUAUAAAUAUAUUUAUAUAUAUAUAUUUAUAUAUAUACACAUUUAUGUAUGUAUACAACAUAUUUACAUGGAUGUAUAUACAUAUAAUUAUAUAUAUAUAGAUACACGCAAAAAUAUAUAUUUUAAUCAAAUCUUAAUUACUUAUUAAUUAUUAUUAUUAUUAUGUUAUCAAUUACUCUGUACUUUAUUAAUUAUAAAUUUUCAAAAAGGAGAAAUAAAGGAUAUUCAAAUUCCAUUUCGAGAUAAAAAAAAAAAGAUGUGCUUUUUAUUUAUAUUAUUUUUUUUCGUUUUCGUCUUAAUUAUAGUGAAGAUAAAUACGUUAACUAAGUCCUCGUCAUACGACAUUUUUGGUUCCAGAAAUUUAUGUCGUAACUCGUCGUAAUUGUCGCUUGAGGAAGAAAAAAAAUUGUAUAGAAACAAAAAGUGAAUUAGAUAAACUAUUUUAUAUUAUAAUUCACCUGUUUUUUUAAAAAAAAGGUAACAAAGAUUAAAAAAAUAACAAAAUAUAAUAACGAAACCAAAACAAUAAUUUAAUUUUGUAACAAAAAUAAAAAAAAAAAAAUCUGAUUAAAUUGA